UAUUUCCUCGGCCGUUAGUAGUGUCGUAUGCGUAGGCAACUUUUGCUUCCUCUCCUGGGCCGGAAGCGGCGUCCCUUUGUGAUAUUUAACGUUACCUAUGAGCAAUUACGGCAACCAAAGGAGGCCAAACGAGUCGUUAGCAAAACAAGAGACUAGGGGCUAGAAGGCCUUCCGUUUCCUUCCCCAAUUGUGGUCCUGAUGUCCCCGCGCUACACAAUUCUGCAUUGUGUUGGAGAGUUAGUCAUGAGUUCAUUAUGAAACCAAGACAGAGCAUGCUGAACAUCUUUCAGGAGAGAAGAAACAAAGUACUGAAAUAAUUGGAGGAUCCAGCGCCUGUUUUCUUGGAAAUAAAACGACCCCUGAGAAGAGCAGUAAUGGAAAUCCAACCUAUAGAAGCUGAUCAUCUACCCUUGACCCAGACCAGUCCACAUAACAGAAAUUAAUGUAUUCCAAGACAGUGAUGGCUGUUCCUCUUGAAUGUGACUAUGGAGGCCACAGGGACAGAUGAAGUAGAGAAAAUAAAAUCAAAAUUUAUGUCUGCAUGGCACAAUAUGAAAUACAGCUGGGUGUUGAAAACAAAAACUUACUUUAGCAGAAAUUCUCCUGUCUUUUUGCUGGGAAAAUGUUACCACUUCAAGACUGAAGAGCCAAGUGAGAUGUCUCCAAAUGGAUCAAAUUAUGAUGCUAAUGAAGAAAUAAUAUCAAGAAAUGUUGAGGAGUUCCGCAAAGACUUUAUUUCUAGAAUAUGGCUAACAUAUAGAGAAGAAUUUCCUCAGAUCAAGGGCUCAGCAUUAACAACUGACUGUGGCUGGGGUUGUACCCUCAGGACUGGCCAGAUGCUUCUAGCACAAGGACUUAUUGUUCACUUUCUUGGCAGAGACUGGACCUGGCCAAAUGCACUGGUCAUUGAAAAUUUAGAUUCUGAAUCGUGGACCAGCCAUACUGUAAAAAAGCUCACUUCAUCACUUGAAGCAUCAUUUACAGGAGAGAGAGAGUGCAAGAACCAGUCAAUCCAUCAUAAAAAAGUUCCGAAAGAUGUCCAGGGGAACAGAGAAAUAAAAGAUGAACAUUAUCACCGAAAAAUAAUCUCUUGGUUUGGUGAUUCUCCACUUGCAAAUUUUGGCUUGCAUCGGCUGAUAGAAUAUGGAAAUAAAUCUGGAAAAAUAGCAGGAGAUUGGUAUGGGCCAGCUGUUGUGGCACAUCUUUUAAGAAAAGCUGUUGAGGAAUCAAGAGACCCUGAGUUACAAGGAAUUAUAGUGUAUGUUGCUCAAGACUGCACAGUUUACAAGUCUGAUGUUAUUGAUAAACAGUGCUCUUUUGUGGAUCCUCAAAAAACAAAUACCAAAGCUGUAAUUAUAUUAAUUCCUGUGAGACUUGGUGGUGAAAGAACCAAUAUGGAAUACCUAGAGUUUGUGAAGGGAAUUUUGAGUCUUGAAUACUGCAUUGGUAUUAUUGGUGGCAAACCUAAGCAGUCAUACUACUUUGCUGGAUUUCAAGAUGACAGUUUGAUUUACAUGGAUCCUCAUUACUGCCAGUCUUUUGUAGAUGUCAGCAUAAAGGAUUUCCCCCUUGAGUCAUUUCACUGUUCUUCACCCAAAAAGAUGUGUUUUAAGAAAAUGGAUCCUAGCUGCACAAUAGGGUUAUAUUGUCGAAGUGUGCAAGACUUUGAGAGGGCUUCUGAAGAAAUUACUAAGAUUCUCAAAUCCUCUUCUAAGGAGAAAUAUCCCUUGUUUACCUUUGUAAAUGGGCAUUCUAGAGACUAUGAUUUUGUGAUGAGUCCAUUUUGGGAAGAGAGAACCCUUUUCUCUGAGGAUGAAAAUAAAAAACUGAAACAUUUUAGUGCUGAGGAUUUUGUCUUGCUGUGAGAACAUUUUGCACUAGAGUAUUGGCAGCUUUCCAGGAGAACAUUUACUCUUCGAACAAACAUGGGCGAGCAUGAACAUGGUAUAUUUCCUUGAAAGUUUUAAAGUUUAUUGUGUAGCUAUAGUCUUGAAGUGCCCUUUGUAAAUAUAUAAAAUGAAUUAUUUUCUUUGAUGGUAGAUGAAUAUAUUGAAACAUUCUGAUAAAGACCUAUGAUACUGUAUGAUCCAGGUAUGGUAAAGUGUUAGAUGUUAUUCCAGGCUCGUUCCCUAAGAUGCUGACAUUGUUCUGUGCAGCCUCUAGCAAUUCCAGGUUCAGUUCAGAUCUUGACAACAACCUGAACACAAUUGUUGGUUCAUUUCAUUUAGGCUAAUUUAUCCUCAGUUUUGGAAGGUGUACUGUAAAGCAGUUCUCUGAGCAGCGAGACAACCUUGAUUCAGCUGGCCAGCACUCAACCUCCUUGAGGCCAGCCACAUACCUGAGGGCCCCCAUGAAGAGAACCAGUGUAAUUUGUUUGGCACAUCUACCAUAUACAACCAGUUCUGUUGAGAGCAAGUGCUGAGGAAAUCUUCUUGUUUUUACCUUCAGUUGAACUUGAAGCAAGAGCCAGUGAAUGAAAAAAUUACUGUUUAGUCCAUUUUUCUCCCUGAGCCCUGAUAUUGUUGAAUAAUAUAAUCAUGAAAUUCCGAGCUCAUAAUGCAUUUUGCUCAGAGGUGCAUCUCUAGCAAUAGUAUUUUUAAUGGUAAUACUGAUGCAAUUAGGUGUGGAAUAGCGAGUUAAGGAACUGCUUAGCAAUAUGAUCUUACAAUGACUACUCAUUAAGCUUGUAGUUGAACCUUAAAAGGAGGAGGUAAUAAUGCAUCCCCCCCCCCCCCAAUUUUAAAAGGUAUGUUACUAAUAUUAAACUACAAGCAAUCAUAAUAGACAAAAACAAUUAUUAGAUGUGAGCUGAGUUUGGUUUCCUAUCUCCAAAUAUAAUUUGGAUGUCUAUCUUAUUAACAGUGUAGCUUUUAAAUCAAAUAAUAUCACUGCAGAAUUGGGAGCCAGUAGCAAAUCUGCCUCGAGGUGAUAUGUUUUGUGAUAUUUCUUUUUAGUUUUCAUUUAAAAGUAUCUAUCAUCUUAUUUUUAUUAGAGACCUAAUAUAUAAAUCUGUAACAGCAGAAACAAUGUUCUGUAUGGAGAAGUAUGCUUUAAUAAAAAGGUAAAAAUAUUGAAUGCA